UAAUGCGGUGCAAUUCGCUUAGCAACAGAACAAAAGUUGAGAAACAUAUAUUAGUUGUGCGACUUUCUUAAGAUGCAGAACAUAGCUUUAUGGGGAUUAUGCGUCCGCUUCACCCUUUAGGACGGAACGUGGAAAACAGUUGCACGUGACAAAGAAAGCUCUGCGCAUUUUUGGUUGAACCGAGCUGUGCGUGUGCAUGUGUGUGCAUGUGUGUGUUCCGCCAUGAGCGCUGCGUUUCCUGUCUUCAUCUGGGUACUCAGAUGUGUACUUCACGGUAAAACAUUUAUAUCUGUGUACGGUUACGUUAGGUUACGUUAGGUUGUAGGGCCACCUAAGAAUGCUCUUGCGCCUCCCUCUUAUACGUCAAGCUAAACCCCUUUAUUUCUGUUUACAUCGCAGGUUUAGUGGUGUUAGGUUAGAACAGGUUCUCUACUACAUAUGAAUACUGUGACAGCCAUGUGUAGCUAAGGCUGGAUUACUUCUUUUCUUUAUGCAGUGCUAGGUUACGUUAAGACAAGUUAGAUCUGUGGUUCCACACCCUUUAGUGACUUCAUUUAGCAUUCCCUCCAUCGUGCCCUUCCUUGCUCCAAACAUUUUUUUUUCUUUCUUUUUUUAUGAAGGCGUCAAUAAAUUUUAAGGUACGACGAUGAGCUGCUGCUUGAGCGCCUUUCUCUUCUGCUGUGCCACGUCUCAGUACUGGCAAGCUACGCAUUUUACUGUCUUGUUUCCUUUUGUUCAUGGUUUUUUUUCUUUAGCACAAUAUGUUUUUCAUUUCCUUAAAGCUGGGACGAAGAGGCGGCAAAUCUGAACAUACCGUGAGCCCGAAGACAAAGGCGUCUAUGGCGUCAAGACUUUUCCAUGUGGCAGCGAAUGAGAUGAAGGCGCCGCCCGCGCCUCUCGUCGAGACGGACCGCGAGUUCUUCCGGAAGAUGGAGAUGUCGGACACCACGAGCGGCCUCAACGGCGCGCUCAACUACCUCAGCAGCAAGCAGUACGGGCUCCGCAUGUACGCCGUCGCUGUCGAGGAGGCGAAGCACAUACACCAAGACCUGCCGCCCGAGCAGCGCAUCGAGCGAGUGCGCAAGGUGUACCAACGCGUGAAAGCCGUGUACGAGCGGGAAAAAGUGGAGCGCGAGAGGCUGCAGGCCCGCACCAAGACGCACCACAAUGCCGCGAGUGCGAAGGCUCUGGCCGCCGCCGAAGAACGGGUCAAGAACCUCAACCUGCUGCUGCUUUACUACGCUUCCGGCCUGAAGUGCAUCUACGAGGACCAAGAAUCGAAGAAGCCCUGACCGCUCUCCCUUGACGUAGGCCUUCGUGCUUGCACGUCGCAGUGAUGCAUUCGUUUUGGAGAUGUGAACGCACUUUCGAAAUGAGCGUGCUCUGACGAAAUAAAACAGUAAUGCAAUGUA